AUGGAACCUGAACGUUCCAGUUGGCUGAGCAAGCCAUUCUUGACGUCGAUCCUUCUUGGCAUAGGAGGAUUUCUUUAUGGAUAUGAUUCAGGAAUCAUUACACCUAGCUUAGCACUCAAGUCAUUCCUCGCGUAUUUCGGAAAUCCGGAUGCUCCCCUUCGAGGUGCAAUCGUGUCAGUGUAUCAAGCUGGAGCAUGGCUAGGGAGUGCAUCUGUUGGUGUUACCAGCGACAAAUUAGGCCGCCGAAAAGCCAUCGCCUUUGGCUGCAUAUGGGGAGUCAUUGGCGGUGCUCUGAUGGCGGGUGCUGCCCAUGUCGCUAUGCUCAUCAUGGGCCGACUGCUAGUCGGUUUUGCAGUUGGUACAAUCACUGGCGUAGCUCCAGUCUUUGGAGCGGAAAUUGCAAAGACCCACGAGAGAGCCAGGAUCACAGCUGUCAACCAGAUGAUGGUUGCCUGGGGCUUCUUUGUCGCUCUCUGGACUGGCGUUGGAGAAGGCAAAUGGCAAAAUCCUAACCAAUGGAGGCUUGGUUUCGCCAUUCAGAGCAUCCCUGCCCUGAUCCUGGGCAUUAGCGUUCUCUUCCUCGGUGAGUCGCCCAGAUGGCUCUGCCUAAAGGGUCGGCACGAGGAAGCUGAAAAAGCUUUCCGCAACUACCACUAUGACGGGACCAACGACGACUGGUGCCGCAAUGAGUUUACCAUCAUCCAGGUCAACAUCGCAGAAGAGUUACAGGCUCAGGGUCGGCUAUCCUGGGGCGACCUAUUCAAGACACCAGCGUUCCGCAAACGCCUCUUUGUCGGUUCUUUUGUGUGGGCUGCUGCGAUGCUUUCUGGCAUUUCGUUUGUGCAGUAUUACCAAACGGCCAUCUAUGCUACGCUGCAGUUCAGCCAGGAUCAACAGCUUCUCGUCAGUGGUCUCUAUGGUUCUGUUGCACCCGUGGCAUGCUUAAUCUCGCUGUUCUUCGUUGAUCGCAUCGGUCGAAAGAAGAUUCUUAUCAUUAGCUCGUCUCUGUUGUCGCUUUGUUACUUGAUCAUCACCAUUUUAGCAGCAGUUUACCCUGCAAGACCCGGAUUUCCAACCAACGAGGCGGCCCAGCGCGGUCUCAUUGCGUGUAUUUUCGCUGUUUCGGCCAACUAUUCUGCCCUCCUGGGACCCAUGACAUGGAUUAUUCCACCUGAAGUUUUCACCACGGAGCUCCGAGCCAAAGCGAACGCCAUAGUCCAGGUCAUUCACUAUUCCAUUAGUCUAAUCAUUACGCAGUGUUCGCCAAUUGCUCUGGCCGCGGUUGGCUGGAAGUACUACAUACUUUUCAUCCUCACCAACGCUCUCUGCGCUAUCAUCUUUGCAUUCUUCUAUCCCGAGACCAGAGGUAUAAACAUUGUGACCCACCGUACACGGACAGUAGCUUACACUUCACUCAUAGGAAAAUCUCUGGAAGAAAUCGAUGAGAUCUUUGGCGAUGUCAAAAUCGUGCGCGAUGUUGACUUCGCCGAGAAAGCUGGAGUUCAAGAAGUAGAAAUCCGUCAGCGACACUGA